UACUGGUUCGCUGCCACCGUCGCGGUUCCCUUGGUGGGCAAGCUCGGCCUCAUCAGCCCGGCCUACUUCUUCCUCUGGCCCGAAGCUUUUCUCUAUCGCUUCCAGGAGCUUUUGAUGGAAGGCCAGCAGACUAUUUAUUCAUGCUUCUCUUUAACUGGAUUUGCAUCGUGAUUACUGGCUUAGCAAUGGAUAUGCAGUUGCUGAUGAUUCCUCUCAUUAUGUCAGUGCUUUAUGUCUGGGCCCAGCUGAACAGAGACAUGAUCGUAUCAUUUUGGUUUGGAACACGAUUUAAGGCCUGUUAUUUACCGUGGGUUAUCCUUGGAUUCAACUAUAUCAUCGGAGGCUCGGUAAUCAAUGAGCUCAUUGGAAAUCUUGUUGGACAUCUUUAUUUCUUCCUAAUGUUCAGAUACCCAAUGGACUUGGGAGGAAGGAAUUUUCUAUCAACACCUCAGUUUUUGUACCGCUGGCUGCCCAGCAGGAGAGGAGGGGUGUCAGGAUUCGGUGUACCUCCUGCUAGCAUGAGGCGAGCUGCUGAUCAGAAUGGUGGAGGCGGUAGACACAACUGGGGCCAGGGCUUUCGACUUGGAGACCAGUGAGGACCAGCCUCUGGCCUGGCCACCAGGCGUUCCACUCAGACGACUUUCCUCCCAGUGCUGGGUGUGCUUAAUGACCGAGUUCUCCCACCGCUCUUGGACCUGACCCACACUGAAUGUAGUCUUUCGGUAUGAGACAAAAUUUUUUAAAUCCUGAAGGAAAAUACAAGUAUUCCUCAAGUUUCAUGAUUCUCAUUCAAGUCCUUACUGCUACGAAGAACAAAUAUCAGCCAUGCAAAUUUCAAAACUGAAUCUUUUUUUGGUGUCUUCUCUUUUUUCCUUUCCGUCUGAAUAAUGGGUUUUUAGCAGUUCCUGGUCUGCUGGCACCGAGCUGGGCAUCUGGGGCUGGGAUACCAGACCCUUUCAAAAGGAGCCUUACCUCUUUUUUGCACACAUGCCUCCUUGCUACUUUUCCCAACCUCUAAAUGUCCUCCCAGAGGGGGGUCGCCCAUAAAAUGGUUCUGCCUUUGACAAACUCGUAUUUAUUGACUUUUGCCAAGAACUUGUUCACACCAUUGUUUUUCCCCUUUGGUGGCAGAACUGUAACAAUAGGGGAGAAGACUGAAGCGGUGUAUCUUUGAAGAGCUUUCUCAGCUUUCCACCUGACAGCUGUUGUAACCAUUUGCCACCUCUUCAAAUGUUUUCAUAAAAAGUACCACUGAGUCAGUGAGGGUCUAGAUUGGUAUUAAUGAGAUUCAAGGGUUGUUACUAGGCAGUUUUUUCCUAAAUUAAGGGAUGGGAACUGCAGUGGAGUUGCUUCUAAUAUGAUCCCUCUGUGUUUUCUGGGAGGGAAUACUGGCUUUGUGGACCCAGAGCAGCUGUGUUGUGUCAGGAGGUUCCAGGUCACAUUGGCCACAGAGAUGCUGCCUGGGAGAGGCUUCUGGGAACUUCAUUCUUAUGAAUGUGUGUUCAGUGAGUAGAUGCAGGAAAGAACCUCAGACCCUAUUUAAAUUGUUGGGAGUUUUUUUUGUCCCUCUGCGUUUUUUUUUAGGUUAAGUGUAUCUGUUAAUUGUGAGGGAAGUAUAGCUUUUCUGUAUGUGGAUCAUUUUUAAAAGCUAAUAUAAGCACACCUGAGUGAAUCACAUAUAAUUUGGGAUUGUAAUGGCUUUAGAAUCAUUUGCAUCUGAAGGUCUUUAUUAUUUUGGGUCAUGAAUGUACACAUGUUGUGAAUUGGACCAGCUUGAACAUCCACAACUCCCGUUUUGUAGGUGGGCUUUUUCCAUCAGAGCCUGGCUCAUCACCAAAUAAAGUUUUCUGAAAGCCUAUGGUGUUUCACAUAAUUACUUUGUUUUAUGUUUUUAUUCUGAAAGC